UCAUCGCCCCACCCUCUUUGUGCAUAUACAUAUUCUCCCAUUCGACCGCUCCCCUUGCCUUCUGACGCUCAAAAUAUUGCCGGCCGGACCGAGCAUCCCGGCCGGCGGGAAUGGCCCCUUCCGAAUAGCUUCCCGAUGACUUGGUGUGCCUCUUCCACGUGGGAAUAGCCGUAAGUUGCCGGAUGCCGGGGUCUGAUAUUCGGGGAGACGUGUUCGGGAAAACCGAAAUGGCAGAACAAUCACAGAGAACAAGUUGGACACAUGUGAAGAUAACUCGUCUUGACUUUGUACUUAUUAGCUCACACAAGACCGACACAGAAAAAGCUAUAGCACAAUGUCUAAACCCAACGUCCUCCUCUUCGGCCUUGGUGGUAUUGGUGGCAUCUACGCCUCCAUUCUCCAGCUGUCCGGCAAGUGCAAUGUGCACGUCGUUGCCAGAAGCAACUACCAGAAGGUCAGAAACCAGGGAUUCAAGAUUAUCAGCCCCAAAUUUGGAAAUCACGACGGUAUGAAGUUUGCCGGUGUUUGGAAGAGUACAGAUGAGGCUGCCGCCAGCGGCGCAGAGUUCUCUUAUGUUCUCUGCGCCAAUAAGGCCUUACUCGAUGCCAAACCAUCCCUUCCAGACCACCUCCGACCCAUCAUCUCGCCUGCCACAUCCAUUGUCCUCUUGCAAAACGGUGUCGGAGCCGAAGUUCCUCUCCACGAAGCCUUCCCCAACAACACCAUCAUCUCUGCCGUCGUCUGGACGGGUGGUAAGACUCUCCCCGACAAUGAAGGCGUUGAGCAAUUCAACCGUGAAGGACUUACUAUCGGCGUUGACUACCGAGAAGGCGGGGACAGGAAGGAGGAGGAUGAGAAGCUUGAGACGUUGGUGGGCCUCUUGGAGGCCGGCGGUGGUGAUUGCAUCGUCACCAAGGAUAUCCAGAGCGAGAGAUGGGUCAAGGUCAUUUGGAACUGCUGUUGGAACACUCUCACUGCAUCGACUCUGCUCAAGACUGGCCCCUUCUUCCAGUCCUCCGACCUUGCUCUCCCUCUUUGCUAUUCCAUCAUGAACGAAGUAGUUGCCGUCGCCAAAGCCAAGGGUCUUACCGUCCCUGAUGGUACAACGGAGAAGCUCAUCAAGCAAUGUACCGACGUGCCGUACCCUGGUUUACCGUCUAGUAUGAUGGCGGAUGUCAAGGCUCAACGACCUACAGAAGUUGAGGUUAUUCUUGGCACACCCGUGCGAGAAGGUAUCCGACUGGGUGUUCCCGUCCCUACCAUCACAACGUUGUACACUCUCAUCAAAGCCAUCGACUACAGAAACCAGAACCCUGAUGCGGCCAACGCAUAAUUUUUACGAGCAGAAUAUUUGGGGAUUGACACAAUGCGAAUGCACAAAUGUUGAUACAUGGAAUAUCUAUGUUACGUAGACACUAGUCUUUUUCUUGUGUCUUUAAUCUCUACUUUUAUGGCACCAAAAAUGAA